AUGGCGAACGCGGCGUCGGGGAUGGCAGUGGAAGACGAUUGCAAGCUGAAGUUUUUGGAGCUAAAGAGAAGAACCUAUCGAUUCAUAAUAUUCAGGAUAGAUGGGCAACAAGUGGUGGUGGAAAAGUUAGGAAAGCCGGAGGAGAAUUACGAUGAUUUCACUGCCUCUCUCCCUGCCGAUGAAUGCCGCUAUGCGGUCUACGAUCUCGAUUUCACCACCAAUGAGAACUGUCAGAAGAGCAAGAUCUUCUUCAUCGCCUGGUCACCAGAUUCGUCCAGGGUGAGAAUGAAGAUGGUGUACGCGAGCUCAAAAGAUAGAUUCAAGAGAGAAUUGGAUGGUAUUCAGGUGGAGCUACAAGCCACUGAUCCUAGCGAGAUGAGUUUCGACAUUAUCCAGAGCCGAGCUCUCUAG